AUGGACACGAAUGAAAACAAUAAUAAUAAUACAAUGCAAAAAGUCCUCCAGGGCGUGGCUUCCUUAGGAAACGAACGACCGGAGGAAGUUUUUAUUGCGGGGGAGGGUUCCUCUAGGACCCACCCGAAAACCCGUCCUCGCUAUAGCGGCGCCGCCAGACGAUGCUAUAAAAAACAGAAGCAGUUUCAGAAAGAGGAGCUGGUACCAGGGACUAAGGCAACUCCUUCCGAGGCUGCUUCAAAUUCAAAUUCCGAGGGGGCAGGAGGAUCGGAGCAGGCCAGGGCGAGCAAACAACCCAGACCGGUGCUUUCGAAUACUCCUAGCCUCUCAGAUAAACACCCUGACAAGAGGCCCCGAAUCAAAGAUCAGGGGUCUUUUGCUCAGACCACAAAGGGAAUUGUCAGGUUGGCCGUCAUUGGAGACGGUUUCCCUCACAAAAAACUGGGUGACGGGGAAGUGGCGGAGAUCAGGAAGCUGAUCAGGGGUCGCAUCAUAGCGCUCCAGAAAGGCACCAAAGCUCCCACCUUCACCGACUCCUGGAUCAGGGAUGGGGCGCUCAUUUUUGCGUGCGCCAAUGAUGAAUCGGCAAACUGGCUGAAAAGCCUCUUCGCCGAUCUCAGGCUGAGAAAUGUUCCCCUCCGUGUGCUGCCGGUCGAUGAGUUGCCAAAGCGCCAUCGGGUGGUGGUACACGUGCAGGAACCGGAUUUCUUUGUCAAGGAAGCAAUUGAACUUCUUGACAGACAGAAUGUGAGCCUUGCCUCUGGGGAUUGGGUGGUCUCAAGCGGGAGAGAAAGUAGGGAUGCUUCGAGCUCCCACUUCGCCUGCUUGGUGACUGCGCAAUUGCUGGAGGCACUCAAGGCCUGCAAUUUCAAACCGUUUUGUGGCUCCACUCGGGCAACUGUCAAGCUGCUCGGGAAGGAACACAGAGAAGGACCUGCUGUUGCAGAGACGUCAAAUUAG